AUGUUUGGAUUUAAAAUGAAAGCGGAGAUUAACAGCGCACUGCUUGACAUACUAAACAGCGAACUCAUCAAUGCAUUUGACGAAGAACGACAAAACUUACGUCGUGAUGUAAAAGAGCAAAUAUUCAAAGCGCAGGAACAACAUAAGAGUAACUACGACAAACGACGGAAGGCCGCGCCUAUUUACAAGAUCAACGACAUUGUAGCAAUCAAACGUACGCAGUUUGUCGCUGGAAAGAAGCUGGCGAGUGAAUAUCUUGGCCCCUACGUUAUCACCAAGGUCAAACGAAACGACCGGUACGAAGUCAAAAAAUCAGAAAACUGUGAAGGACCGAAGCAAACGUCAACAUCCGCUGACAAUAUAAAGCUAUGGCGUUUUGUUUGUAAUUCUGAAGAGUUGUCAUCUGGGUCAGAUGACGAGGAGCAGAAUGGCCGAAUAGAGCCCCUGAAAUCCCCAGGCAGCUCGUACGACAUAGCGCUGAGUCGUUUAUUGUCCAUCGAAACCAAGCUACGCCGCAACAACAAUUUGAAAGCAGAUUACGAUGCUUUCAUGAAGGCGUACAUUGAGCUCCAGCAUAUGGUACUCAUAUCAGUUCCAAGCGGAACAGAAAAUUAUAUACCACACCAUCCCAUGUUAAAGUUAGACAGCAGCACGACUAUACUUCGUGUCGUGUUUGAUGCUUCGUGUCGCACCUCAACUGGCAAAUCGCUCAACGAUAUCCUUCGG